AUGGAGGAACCACAGGGGGAUGAGGAGCCAAGACAAGAGGAUGAGGAGCAAACACGGGAGGCCAGACGGGAAAGGUCGGGGGGCAACGGGGAACAGAGGGAAUCACAGCGGGCGACGGGCAGCAGCCGGAGGAGCUGCAGGCGACUGAAAGGUCGAUGCGAUGCCACAGGGGCCCUGGGUGGCUGCGAGGAAGGAGCCGGAGGGGAUCACGAAGGGGCAGAGGAAAAAGCCGGAGGGACCAACAGUGGGGGUGAAGAGGAAGACGAAGGGGGCACCAGCGGAGGCGAGGAGGGAGCAGAAGGGGACCACGGCAAAGGCUACUUCGCUACCUACCGCUACCUACUCUCCCUCCAUCAAGGGAGGAGGGGUGAUGAUCUGAAGUCCGGGACCUCCUCGGGGACUGGAGCUGGAGCCGGGGGAACUGGAGCUGGAGCCGAAGCCUCUUUGGGUGGAGCUGGCCCAUUAGGAGCAGGCGGGACAGGAGGCGGAGACAGAGGAACCUUGGGCGGAGUAGGAGCCAUGGCUGGAGCAGCAGGUGCAGGCGGAGCCAGGGCCUCAGGCAUAGCAGCAGGAGCCGCGGGCGAAGUAGCAGGUGGGGGCGGUGCCGUAGAAGGAGCCUCAAGCGGUACAGCUGAGAGUGCAGCAGCCCAGCAGGGGCCUCGGGCGUAG